AUGCGUUUCAACAAACAAGAACUGAUCACACUGGCGACGCAACCGAGCAACAAGUUCGAAAAGGAAGGCCCACUGCACGUGACGGAAAAGCAAGAAGGUUUUUUCCGUAAAACCGAAGACGAAUCGCUCACGAACGAUCGGGUAGCUCGUAAGGGUUUAUUAAAGCGCCAAAAGCCAUUCAGUUGCAUCGGUAGUGCAUCAAAUCAAGUAAGCCUCGAACGGUGGUGUCGGCUGCGUGGAAAUUUAUUGUUCUACUUUAAGUCGAGUGACCCAUUUUCGGAACCGCAAGGAUGCAUCGUGCUGGAAAAGUAUAAAUGCAUCACAUCUAGCGCCGAGCAGCAGGAAUACGAUGGUUACGUGUUUUAUUUGGAAUUUAACGAUGGUUUAAGACAACGAUUCGCAGCCAACACGCAACAGGAACGCUUCGAGUGGAUGCAAGCGAUUGGGCUGGCCGAGUACGACAUUAAGCGGGCACAGUUGAAAUACCUGCGAGAACAGAUCGACCGUCACCGUGGCACCAUACACGAUGUCGACAUCGAUAUGUUGCGUUUGCAAACGGGGAAAGAAAUCGAUCUAAACGAAAUCCCCAUCUGCGAAUCGGUUAUCUCGUGCGAUAAUCUGCUGUGCGACGGUAAUGGUAAGCCCCCGAACCCGUCCGUUGUGGUGCAGGUCACGUCGAACAAUCGGUCGUCGGGUUGGAUCAAGUAUGGCCGAACGGAGGUGAUUGAGCGUAGCUCGAACCCGCAGUUCAUCUGCACCAUUGCCUUCCGGUCGUGCGACGGGUUGCACAGUGAGUCGCUGAUACGCUUCACCGCCUAUGACGUGCGGGAGAAGGUAACGCAAACGGCCGUUCCGAUCGGGUGGGCCGAGAUAUCGCUCGGCGUGAUAGCGGAUACGUCACGCCUGCGGAUACCGUUGCGCACGCAGGCAUGCGGUGAGAAUGCCGGCUUCCUCACGAUCGCAACCUGCACGCCCGAUAUGGAACGGCGCAACAAUCCCCGAUCGCCAAUGAAAUCGAGCCUGUUUUCCGGUUUGCCAAUGGGUGAGAAUUCACCACACCAGAACCAACUGCAGCAGCAGCAACAUCAGCAUCAACCGUUAGGCCAUCGGCGUUCGCAAUCGCUACCACCAAAGCUCGGCAUAAAGCUUUUCAUUCCACCCCCGUCGAAGAUAGGGCUGGUCUUUACCAACCCGAUUAUACACACCUACCGGCUCCAUUCCGGGCUCGGCGGUGACAUUAGCGUGCUGGAGGUAAUGCUGGAAAGCUACCUUUGUUACAUUAUCCCCCAGCAGUUGCUCUCCGUAUGGAUUGCCCGCGAAAAGGAACUGCUGCAGGAAAUCUCCGGCAUGGGUGAGCUUGGGGGCGAAUGGCGCCAGAAGCAGAUGGAGCUGCUCGACAAGCAUCUGAAGCUACUGAAGGAUUACUCCCAGGCGAAACAGUACCUGCACCAGCAGCAGCAGCGCGGCCGGUCCUUCAAACCGAGCUGCCGCAAGGGUGAUGAAACGCUAGAGUUUGCCCCGGUCAAUCUGCACCUGCAGCGCAUGUGGGCCCACAACGAUACGCUGAAGCGGGCCGGCAUACUGGACGUCAUCACGGUCGGUGCAUUUACGCGCCAUUCGGGCAAAUCGAAAACGGGUGGCCUUAUAAAGCUGCUGCACCACGUGAAAGAAUCGCCCUCGAAGAGCGAAGGGCAACAUAAAGUGGCCGCCGCAAACGAUGCGGUACAGGCGAUCAAGCAGCUGCGCAAGGAGAUUGUGGAAAUCAUGUCACAGCUGCUGUAUCUGGCAAAGUCGAAAAACCCGAAAGGCAUGCUGCCGCUCUGCAACGAGAUGAUGACGAAAACGCGCGCCCUGCUUAACAUUUGGGAACCGAGCCUGGUCGAGGAGGCAUUUGCUUUUAUCGAACGGCAUCGUAUCAUCGACGAAGCGACCGGCAAUGGUGGGGCUGUUGGUGAGGGAGACACCGGACACCGGGACGGUGGAUCACUGACGGUGUCUGCCGCUACGUCAGCCAUGUCACCGUUCAAGAAGAUUACCCAGCAGCUCGGUGCGUUGGAUCUGAAAUCGCCCGAGCUGGAAGACUUUUCCACACCGAUGGGACCGGCACCGGAUCUGUGGCCGCAGAUACGCACCAGCAAAUCCGGUACGCUCAGCGUACCGAAGGCGAAGAUGGUACCGUCCCCGUCGGCGUUUGAGCUUGGCGAUACAAUCGCCACUAUACAGAGCAGCUUUAACCAGCUGCAGCAGCAGGACGGUGUGAUGCAGGAGGGUUGCGACUCGCACAGCACGACGUACUCACUGCCAAGCCCGUGCUAUUUACCGACCGAGCAACCUUCCACUUCCAAAGCGAACAAACCGGCAGGGAAGUCCGGUGGCGAAGAAGGAAGCGUCACGUUCAGUGAAACGCACUUCGACAUCAACGGUGAGGUGACACCCAGCCAGGUACCGGCAGUAGCGGCGAAAGCAACCACAUCCGAGCACAGCAAAACACUGGCGAGCCUGCCGAAUAUGGGAUCAUCCACACUGACGGCAAAUCAACUGCUGGAGAAUAAGAACGAACUACUUUCGAACGUGUACGACGAACAGGGCUAUCUGAUCGAGAAUACCGCCAUCGUGCUCGGUCAUAAUGGUGCGUUUCUCGAUACGAAGGUGAUGAGCUCGAGCCCGUCGGCAAACUACUACCGGCCGACGGAGGAACCGGAACCGCUGGAUUUAACGCAGCUCAACAUUGAGGCGAGUGUGAUGUGUCUCGUGUCGAAGGUGAAGUUUCUGUGCGGUCGAUGCGGUAGCCCGGCAGUACGGUUGAGACAGCCCAAAGGUGGACCGCUGGGUGCGUUACAACGACCGACCAGCAUCGAAACGCUACAGACUUAUGUAGUUACGAGUCAACCACUGUCGCUACCGCACGCCAAUGCUGGAACGGCAGAAUGCGACACAAAAGCCAUCGCAACUGUCGAGAUACCGCGGGAGGAGUUGUCGCAGGCAGGGGCCGGCAAUGAAAGCCCGACCAAACCCAGUGUUAGCGAUGUGGCGAUGUGUGGCGGUAUUGAGAUGAAACCGACCACACCUCAUCUCAGUAACAGCAAGGACCUUAACCUGGCUCUUACGCAGGCGGUCGGUGAGGUGGCACGGAAGGUGAAGAAGGGCAACAAGUUUACGGACGGGUUGGAUCUGUCAGCCACCACCGAUUGGGCGCUCGAGUUGCGUCCCUCGAUGAAGAAGCUGCGCCAGGCAAUGGAUGGACUGCUGAAGACGGCUCGCCUGAUGCAUUCGGUGCAGCGGCUGCAGCAGGAUAUGAAGAAAACGAGCGCCACACUCGCGAUCAUGUAUCGACGGGAUGUGUGUUUCUCCCAGGCGCUUACCUCACUGGUCGCGGGCCUGAUGGCAAAGCUGUGGGGCCAGAAUGUGACGGAAAACUUCAUCAGCCUGCUGGUCCAUCUCGGUCCGCUCGCGUACUUCGAAGGAUUGCUGUCGCUGUACGGCAACGAGACGGACAUGUGGGGUGAUAUGAGCGUGGCGGUGGAAGAUCUGGCCACCGUUGGGUUUACGCUCGUGCGCAGCAACCUGCACCGGGACACGAAGGGUGCGAUACCAGUGCCACGUGUGACCGGUUCCCGGCAGGCGUUGCGUGUGUUGCUACCCGUGCCGGAGUCGGUGUUUUGCCAUCUGCCCACGAAAGAAGCGGUUAGUUUCCGCGUAACACCCGUCUUCUUCAACAUCGGCUUAAACGAGAAGGCAACGGUGGCGGAAACGCUUGGUUUUACGCGCGAACAGCACCGCUCGAACUGGGACAAUUACGAUCGGUUGAAGCAGUACCACAUCCGGUAUCGUAAGGUGCCGUUUAACUUCGUCAACCCGAACUGCUCCGCUAGCCAGGACACACCUACGAAGGUAGGUGCGUACACCACGCCCCAAAAGGAGCUGCUCGUACCGGACCAUACCGUCGCUAAGUUCCUCGAUGACAUGGAGGCGGAAUUGCGCGCGAACAGUUCUAAAAAUUACGCCAUCCUGCAGCUAGCGGAGGAGAUAACGCGCGCUGUGCAGGGGUUACGGUUCACGUCGUGCAAAAGUGCCAAGGAUCGAACCUCGAUGGCGGUUACGCUCGAGCAGUGUCGCGUGCUGCAGCAGGAGUUUCAUCUGUCCGCGGGCAAUGCGCAAAAUGUGCUUAAUACGAUGCGCAGCGAGGGAACCCGAUCUGAUAAUACGAUGAAGAACGUUGGCACGCGGAAGUACGCGUUCAACAUGCCGCAAGUGUUGUCCCUUCCGGCAGUCUAUCGACCUCCGGCCGGCACGUAUGGAAAGGCACAAACUUAG